UUUAUUAAUAUUAUUAUGAUUAUGAUUAUUAUUAUUUUAAUUCGGAACAUACUCCUAGUCCUCUUCGGUGACAUCCCGCCGCUACGAUCAGAUUCCAUUCGCUCACUCUAUUUUUCCCUCCAAAACCCUCACAGUGCCUUUCAUCUUCCCGCCACAUCUUUCACAUUCUAACUCUUCUCCGUACUCUCUUCCGAUUUGCUUCUCCGGCGACGGCAAACUAUUUGCGGGGGCAGGAGAUUUUGAAAAUGGCUCCCUUUGGAAGUGAUCGCAUGGACAUUGAUUGUACGGAUACCGAAAUAUUUGACGGCCAUCUUUCACCGCCCACAUGUUCCGGUGAGGAAUCAGAUAAAGCUUCAUAUUCUUCAGGAACAGUUGAUUUUUAUGAUGACGAGUUUGAAACUCAAGUAGUGAAUCUUGCUGGAGAAACUCAAGUGGUGGAUCCUGUAAAUGCUGAGUUUGAAACUCAAUUAGUGAAUCCCCAUGGAGAAACUCAAGUGUUUGAUAUUGAGUGUGAAACCCAAAUCUUGAGUCACUGUGAUGAUACCCAGCUACUUGAUGAUCCCAUUCCUGAAUGUGUCGGAACAAUGGACUUUGACACUCAAAUAUUGAAUGAUUUUGAUUAUGAAAUGGCUGGUGAUUGUUACGAUGAUGAAGGAACAGAGACAACUGAAAUUAAUGUCGAUGACGGUCUAUCUAGUGAUGAAUCAGCCCAAAGACUUGAUCAAUCAGUGGAGAGGAAUGGCCAAUCGGCCUCUGUGCUUGGACGGAAUGUGAGGAAAGAUUUAGAGGUGUUACCGAAUACUUUACCGGUUAAAAAAUGUAAUUCAGGACCCACACGACUUUCUUCAUUACGUGCAGCCUCAUUUCGUGCCUCUGGUUUAGCAGCCCGUUGUUAUGCCAUGAAGACUAGAGACAUUGGACCUUCUGUUAUGAUUGACAAGGAUAUAGAAAAAUCAUCCUUCAAAGAUAAUCACAUUGACCGGCAGAAUGGUCAUGGGCAAUACAGUGUGAAUGAUGGGGAUUCAGGUAACAUUAAGUGCAGGGUUGGCAGUUCAGCAGUGAGAAAGCUUUUUACUGAGGAUUACACACCUGUUGGAGAUUUAGGAGAUCUUCACACAAGCCAUGAUAUCAGUGACCUUGACCCACAUCAGUUAACUGCCUGUGAUGGCGAUGGCGAUCAGUUGGCAGGGUUAAGUUAUGUUGACUCUCAAGAACCCGGGGAAUUAACACAGGACAAUGCUCUUGAUUUUGUUGAAAAUUUUCUUAAAGAUAAUCCUAUAGAGUUUGAUCUAGAUGGAGGUAUGCAUAAAUUGGAUGCUAUGGUACAACCAAAGUUGGUUCCUAAUCCAAGGGGACAAUAUAAUCUGGCUAACAUCGUUAACUGUAUAAGAACAGUUGGAGAAUCAAGAGUUUUUGAUUGGGAUGAUAAUCGGGAAGAUGAAGGAGGUGGCGAUAUUUUCUGCAGAAAGAAGGAAGAGUUCUUCACUGAACCUCGAAAAUCGAAAGGAAGAAGAUUAGACCGGAAUGGUGACAAGGAAGCAUCUUUGAGUAUCCAAAAUAUGAAAUCGAGGUUAUUUUGUUCUGAUUCACGUCUAGAGUUGAGAAAAGGAAAAGAGAAUAAUGAGUCAUCUCGAGAAGCCAGCGUCAAAUGCAAAAAGAACAUAUCCUAUAAGUUGAAUCAGGAGAAUGAUGGUGAUGCAUGUAGGGGAGAGUUGGAAGACAAUGACGUCCAGCCUGAUCAGCAAGAAGUCUCUAAUGUAGGUUUUGAUACUCAGAUGGCAGCUGAGGCGAUGGAAGCAUUAUUCAAUGAUGAGAAUGUCCAUAAGUUAGUUCAUAAUGAAGAAAAUCAACAUUUGGAAAAUAUUCCAAUGGAUUCUUUUAGAGGUUCUCGUUCUAGAAAGCCAGACUCUAGCUCGAAAUCAAGGCGAUCCUCUAGGGGACAUGCUUCUAGUUCUGAGGUUGCCCCUAGGCAGUCCAAAGAAAGAAAUCAGAAGUUUUCUGGAGAUCUCAUGAAGGUGUGUAGAAAUGAGACUCUGAAAUUGUCAGAGAGGAGUAAGAAAAGAGAUGCUGAUGCAAUGAAAGGGAAUGAAAACAAUGGCCGUGACUCCAAUGAUGGGUGUAACAUGACUAAGAAGCAGCUUUUACGUGGAAAAGUUGUUGAGGUUUCACCUGUUGCACGUCGAACUAGGCAAUCCAUGAUAGCAAAUCAAUCAAAAAAGGAUCAAAUUGCAUCUGAUGGGUGUGAGCAGUCAAUUUUACGUGGAAAAGUUGUUGAGGUUUCACCUGUUGCACGUCGAACUAGGCAAUCCAUGAUAGCAAAUCAAUCAAAAAAGGAUAAAAUUGCAUCUGAUGGAUGUGAGCAGUCAAUUUCAAAGGUAGGUUCAUUAAUCAAGAAAAGUAGUGGUGAUCGAGCCAUUAGGGAUUCUGAAGCUAAGAGAACUAAAUCUCUAGAGGUAGCUUCCAAGACUCUAAAGACAAAGUCAAAAGGCACUGAAAAUUAUGCAAAAAACUCCAUAGGAGAACGAGGAUUGUGUGAUAUGUUAGCUGGUCAGGUAAGUCUGCCUGAUGAUUUACUUGGACAAACUAUUGAUAGGCGCAAGAGGUCAUGUAACAUGAAGAAAACACGAUCGUCGAUAUGUGUUCUUUCACCUCCUUUAAAUAUGAACUUGGAAAGAAGAACUGUCGGUAGAACAAGUGCAGAAAAAGCUCAUGGUGGAACUAUAACUGCUGAUAUGAAUGGUCAAUUGUCCAUUGAAAAUUCCAACAGGCCAAAUUUCGUUCAGCAGUUAAAUAAAAAGAAUGAUGGAUGUUCGGUUUCUUCUAUUGUAAAGACUGUGUCUGAUGAAUCUCCUAGUAAAAGGCACAAACCAUCUAUCACGGUUUGUACUACUCCACCUGAUAACUGUAUGACGCCUAUAAAUACUGCAUCACCUGUUUGUAUAGGCAGCGAAUAUUACAAACAAUCAUGCAAAAAGAACCUCUCAAAAUCAAGUCUUUUGAAAGAACUUCGUGAUUUAACUGCUCCGGGGCUUGUUUCGAGAUCUUUUCCAACUGAGUCAAGAAAGAGAAAAGAUAUGAAUGAUGUUCGAGUCUUGUAUAGCCAACACCUAGAUGAGGACAUAAUCAAACAGCAAAAGAAGACGUUGACUCGCCUAGGGGUUACUGUGGUAUCCUCCAUGACUGAGGCAACACAUUUCAUAGCCGAUAAAUUUGUACGUACAAGGAAUAUGUUAGAAGCCAUCGCUCUGGGUAAGCUUGUGGUGACACACCAAUGGAUUGAGAGUUGUGGGCAGGCGAGGUGCUUCAUUGAUGAAAAAAAUCACAUCCUACGAGAUACCAAAAAGGAGAAGGAAUUUGGAUUUAGCAUGCCAGGAUCAUUGGCGUGUGCUCGCGAGCGUCCUCUUCUAGAGGGUCGACGAGUGUUGAUUACACCAAAUACAAAGCCUGGGAAAGCCAUCAUUUCGAGCUUGGUCAAGGCGGUAAAGGGUCAAGCGGUAGAGAGGAUUGGGAGGUCUACGCUGAAAGAUGAUCAAAUUCCAGAUGAUUUGUUGGUUUUGUCGUGUGAAGAAGAUUAUGAUGAGUGCAUACCUUUUCUUGAAAAAGGCGCUGCAGUGUAUAGUUCCGAGCUGCUACUUAAUGGGAUCGUAACGCAGAAGCUUGAGUUUGAAAGGCAUUGUCUUUUCGUAGAUCACGUGAAGAGGACUCGUUCGACGAUAUGGCUCAAGAAAGAUGGCAAUAAGUUCCAUCCUGUUACCAAACAUCAGUAACUUCAUUUCGUAAUAGUCAAUAUUCUGUUGGGGUAUGCUCUUUCUAGUAGGUGUUACUUUGUGUAUAUUAUAGAGUAUAGCUGCUCAAGAAAGAUGCCCUAUGUUUUAGAUUUCAUAGUUUCAUGUAAAUGUUUAGGCUAUUAGGGAAAGUGCCGUACAUGUUACAUCUUUAGUUAUUUAUAUUAUUGUCAUAAGCUUGUAAUAUGAUCGAGUCAUCUACUAUAAAUUGAGUAUCUUAAUGCAAUCUUCUAUAUAAUGAAUUAUGUGACAUUAAUUAA